AAGAGUGUCUUCUUAUCCAAAAAAGAUGAAACGAACACGGUUACUCUCAAAAGACAACCAAGUGAGCACCGCAGACUAAUGAGUAGAAUCAAUAAGAACGUGAUUUUGGCGCUUUUAACUUUGGCAAGUUCUGCAUUUCUGCUGUUUCAGUUGUACUACUACAAGCACUAUUUAUCAGCAAAGAAUGGAGCUGGUUUAUCAAAAUCUAAAGGAAGCCGACUUGGAUUUGAUAGCACACAGUGGCGUGCAGUUAAAAAAUUUAUUAUGCUAACAUCCAGCCAAAAUGUACCAGUGUUCCUUAUUGAUCCUUUGAUUCUGGAAUUGAUUAAUAAAGACUUUGAACAAGUAAAAAAUACUUCUCAUGGCUCCACUUCAGAAUGCAAGUUUUUCUGUGUUCCAAGGGACUUUACUGCGUUUGCACUACAGUAUCAUCUGUGGAAGAAUGAGGAAGGCUGGUUUCGGAUAGCUGAAAAUAUGGGAUUUCAAUGCCUAAAGAUUGAGAGCAAAGAUCCCCGGCUAGAUGGGAUAGACUCACUUUCUGGAACUGAAAUUCCCCUGCACUAUAUCUGCAGAUUGGCCAGUCAUGCCAUCCACUUGGUGGUCUUUCAUGAGAGGAGUGGUAACUACCUCUGGCAUGGCCAUUUACGACUCAAAGGACAUAUGGAUAGAAAAUUUGUUCGUUUUCGAAAGUUACAGUUUGGUCGUUAUCCUGGAGCUUUUGACAGGCCAGAGUUGCAACAAAUUACUGUUGAUGGACUAGAAGUUUUCAUCCCAAAAGAUCCAGUGCGCUUUCUAGAAGAAAUACCACACUCUAGGUUUAUUGAGUGUAGGUAUAAAGAAGCUCGAGCAUUCUUUCAGCAGUACCUUGAUGAUAACACUGUGGAAGCUAUGGCCUUUCGGAAGAACGCAAAAGAAUUAUUGCAACUGGCAGCCAAAACAUUAAAGAAAUUGGGAGUACGGUUCUGGCUGAGCAGUGGAACUUGUCUAGGGUGGUAUCGGCAAUGCAACAUUAUUCCAUAUAGUAAAGAUGUUGACCUAGGAAUUUUUAUACAAGAUUAUAAAUCUGAUAUUAUUUCAGCAUUUCAGGAUGUAGGACUUCCACUCAAACACAAAUUUGGGAAGGUAGAGGACAGCUUGGAACUAUCUUUCCAAGGAAAAGAUGAUAUAAAACUCGACAUUUUUUUCUUCUAUGAAGAGACUGACCAUAUGUGGAAUGGAGGCACUCAGGCCAAAACGGGAAAAAAAUUUAAAUACCUGUUUCCCAAGUUUACACUGUGCUGGACUGAGUUUGUAGACAUGAAGAUUCAUGUGCCCUGUGAAACUAUUGAGUACAUUGAAGCCAACUAUGGUAAGACCUGGAAGAUUCCCGUGAAGACAUGGGACUGGAAGCGCUCUCCCCCCAAUGUGCAGCCCAAUGGAAUCUGGCCCAUUUCUGAGUGGGAUGAGGUUAUCCAGUUAUACUGAGACAGUAAGUUGAAAUGGUAGAAUUCCCCUUCUGACACAAAAAUGGAUAACUGUUUAAGAAGAUAAAUCUCUAUUUGUCAAAUGUAAGUAGGGCCAAAGAUAUAUGUCAAGUCUAAAGAUGCAGGAAGAGUCCUAACUUCUGAGCCAUGUGAUUUAGUUCUCUCAUUUUACUUUUGUUAAGGAGUCCCUGUACACUGUCCCAGGUACAGUGCUAGGUUUGAGUGGAGAAGCAGAGAUGAGUGACAUCAUACCUGUCUCUCUUUCCCUUCCCUUUGGUAAGCACCUCAGUUUUCCUUUGAGGGAAACACCCUUACCCUUCGAAGCUCUUACAGAAUAUGAUAUUCUUUCAAAAUGUUAGAUAACGUUUGGACUGGAAGAUGGGUUCAUCGGGCAAAGCUAAUGAAGGAUAUACCAGUAAAAAAAGAGUAACCCAUUCCUGUAAUCAGCAGUUAAGCUUGUAUGUUAGUGCUGCUUUUAAGACUGUAGAGUUG